CAAAUAAUUAUCCCCGACCUACUUUCCCAUUUUACACAGCCAGAAACAAUGGCUACCCUUCUCCUAUCUCCAGUUCAUCCUCAACCCCGUCUUUCUCUCUCCUCAUCUUCAUUAUCAACAUCAUCACCUUUGGUUUCAAGAGAAUUUCAAAGUUUUGAUGGAAAGUUCCAGUCUUCACAGCUCAGUUAUACCCAGAAAGGAAGAACACUCUCUCCCAAGCUUCAAGUCUCUGUAACUGACUAUCCUCCUACUCCUCCUCCAUUGCCUUCUUCUGAAUUCAAGGACCUCGUUUCAUCUUUAAAGAUCAAAUUACUGAGUGUUGUCUCUGGGCUAAACAGAGGUCUAGCGGCGAAUGUAGACGAUCUAAGGUUGGCAGAUGAUGUUGCACGAGAGCUUGAAGCUGCUGGUGGGCCUGUAGACCUCUCAUAUGAUCUCGAUAAACUCCAAGGAAGAUGGAAAUUGAUAUACAGCAGUGCCUUUUCAUCUCGCACGUUGGGAGGAAGCCGCCCCGGACCUCCCAUAGGAAGGCUUCUGCCAAUAACUCUUGGCCAGGUGUAUCAACGAAUCGAUGUUUUUAGCAAAGAUUUCGACAACAUUGUAGAGAUUGAAUUAGGCGCUCCAUGGCCCUUACCACCUGUUGAAGUGACUGCUACAUUAGCACACAAAUUUGAGAUCAUAGGAUCUGCCACGGUUAAGAUCGUGUUUGAAAAAACAACAGUGAAGACGACUGGAAACUUGUCGCAGCUACCUCCAUUUGAAGUCCCUCAGAUCCCAGAAGCAUUCAGGCCUUCAUCAAAUCCUGGAAGUGGUGAUUUUGAGGUGACGUAUAUGGAUGCAGACACCCGUAUCACUAGAGGUGACAGAGGCGAGCUUAGAGUUUUUGUCAUCUCAUAAUCUGCAUGCACAAAUCUCUCAAAAUGGUCGUGUAUAUGUGAAUUGUGUUUCUUCUGACGAGGUGUUUCGGAUACUGGAUCCCUUCUCCAAAGAAAGACUUACUUCCUGUAGAUUCAUUUGUAUGAUAUUAACAUGGAGAUACAUAAUUUAUAUACUUCAGAACACAACUGUAUAGAGAUUACAAUAUUACAUUAUGGGAGUCAAACUAGAUCUUGUAUAAUGUUCAUAAUUCCAUUUGCCCAUACAACUUUUUUGCUCUA